UCUGCCAUCAAUGGCUACAUUUACUCAGAAGCUUGUGCUAUUUCUGCAUAAGAGGCUUACCUAAUCCCAGUUGCAACAUCCAGCCUUUCAGCAAAGUCCAAAUCUGGAUCGACUGUUGUGAUAUGAAUCAGAAAUCACGUGCGUAAGAGGGGAGGGGGGCUGAGUUGUCGUGCAGCUGCUUCGCUUGGCUAAGUUUCCUCCGUUUGCAGAGCGGCUACUCUUCAACUAGAGAGUGUCGGGCACUAUAGAGAGGCGAGGAGGUGCUGAACAAAAGAGGACGCACUUCGAUUGAGUCGGCGCAAAGUUUGGCGAGUAGGCUGCCCGCGGUGGGGCAUGUGCAUCUAAGCGCCAGGCGGAAUCGAAAGGGACUCUGCACCGCCACCGCCGAGCCUAGGCUACAUGCAGCAACAGCAGCAGCGGCGGCGCUCGCAGGAACUCAAUGGCGAAACUCAGGGUCUCUUAUGAGUAUUCGGAGGCGGAGGACAAGAGUAUUCGACUCGGGCUUUUCCUCAUCGUCUGCGGCAUCCUAUCGCUGUUCAUCUUGUGCUUCUGCUGGCUCAGCCCCACCCUGCAGAGCUUGCAGAGCAAGCCAGCAAAUUGCACCGUGAUCUCCGUGCGGCGCCUGGACGAGUCUUUCGAGUGCGUUUUCACGUGUGGCACCGAUUGCAAAGGCACGUCGCAGUACCCGUGUCUCCAGAUCUUUGUGAAUAACUCUGAGUCCAAUUCCGUGGCUCUCUUGCACUACGACGAGCAACAGCUGGUGCUGAACCCAAAGUGUUCUUAUGUGCCCAAGUGUGAGAGGGACAACCAGAAGAUGAAAGACGACGUGUUGAAGCUGCAGAACUACUGGAUAGAGGAGGGAAGCAACCAGUCAUUCACCUGCUUCUUCAACCCACAGAGGCGGCCGGAUGAUGUGCUGUGGCAGCGCACUCACGACGCCAGCGUGCUGCUACACUGCGUGCUAUGGCCCAUGGUGAGCCUGCUGGUGGGCACGCUCAUCGUGCUGCUGACCGUCUGUGCCCGCAGCCUGGCCGUGCGCGCCGAGGCCAUCCAGAAGAGGAAGUACUCCUAACAGUCCCUUCGGCGCGGGCUGGUUCGGACGUCUACCCGUUUUUACCCCAGGGAUGCGCCAACGAGGAGGCAGCAGCAGUGCUGAUGUAUACAUUUUCCCGUCUGCCACAGAUGCGAGGCAUGCUGGGAGGACCGAGAAAUGGCCUCCCUUGUGGGGCAGACAUUUUGCCUCCUGACUGGUCACUGCUGACCACACCCGGAUGGGCUGUCAUUGGCUACAGUAGCACAGUGGCCAGAACUGGUAACACACCCACUCUCCCACAGCGGGUCUAACUGUUUGUUGUUGGCUCGUGCCUGUUUUUAUUUAUUUUAUUUUUUUGAGAAAAAGAAUAUUGUAUUCAUUCAGCUGGUGUUUGGCUUUGGGCUACUCUGCAAAGAAAAUGUAGUUUUUGUUGCGUGUGUGUGUGUGUGUGUGUGUGUGUGUGUGUGUGUGUGUGUGUGUGUGUGUGUGUGUGCGUGCGUGCGUGCGUGCGUGCGUGCGUGUGUGUGUGUGUGUGUCUGUGUCUAGUGUGCUAUAAUGUCAAAAUGGCAAAUGGCAAAAUGAUAAAAAUGAAAAUAUUUGGCUGCUUUUUAUGUCCUCUCUUGGUUGCCGUAGAUGUUCUAAGUCUGCAUAUGUGGUCAUGCUAUUUGUGUGCAGCCUGAGUCAUCUAAUGCUUUUCAGCACCUCUGCAAAUGGCCCUUCCAGAUGGAAGACUCCCUUCGGGGAAAUCUUUCUGUCCAUUUCUCUGCUGCUGUCCCCAACCCAUUCCUCUCUCUCUCUCUCUCUCUCUCUCUCUCUCUCUUUCUUCUUCUUCUUCUUACUGCCCCCUUUUUCCCUGCAUUCUGUACGUUCUCUUCACAUUACUAUUCCAAUGGUCUAGCUGCUGGCUGCAAGAUUAAGAUAGCCAAAGAAAAGCACAGCUCAAUUUGGCAGCAUUUGUUGGGCCAUCUAUGGCCAUCUGAUGGAACCUUUCUGCACCAGUCUACUGGGCUUAAAAAACACUUCCACACCGAUCCUCACCCUGGCCAGCUGCAUCAAAAAGGAUUUUAAGGAUAAGUGAAUACCAACUGGUCUAAUAGUGUCUC